AUGGGCUUCCUCCCAGGAGCGGUGGAGCGCAAGCCGGACAACCAUCUCCUCCUCGAGGCCGCAUGGGAUGAGCUCGGGGUCGACGGAUCUGGAGGUGAAGGACUCGGAUCCACUGCCUACCACGCCGGAGACGGCCGGAAAUCACCGGAGGUAUUAUAUCAAACAAAGAAAUGCAUAAGAGAGGAGUGCAGGCUAAUCAGGAGGGAGAGAGAGUACCUGAAAGAAAGGGAUGGAGAAAUUAGAUGGGGUAGAGGUAGGAAGAUUGGGGUGCUGAAACAGAGCCCAGCCGGUUGUCACGCACGACGCAGUGGACGGGGAAGGAGGUGGCAUGGCUUCUCCUUCCUCUCGUCUCCUUCACAUCAUCCCUCUCUCUAUCUGCUGCAGGUACAGGAGGAGCUGGCAGCGAGAGUGGAUGUAAGAACGGGAACUAGGAGAGAGAGAGAGAGAGAGAGAGACCUGGACGGAGUGGAUAGAUGGGCGCAGGGAGGCGCCAGCUCCGUCCGUUGUGGGGUCGUCGUCGUCGCCGGGGAGCACGGCGGCGAGCACCCUGAGCGCCAGCGCGGCCUGCUCGGUGGGGAUCUGCAGCGCCUCCGCGAGCACCGUGGCACCCAAGUGCCUGGGCCCGGCGCCACGAGCUUCGCCUUGAGCUGCGCUAGGGUUUGCGUGGAGGUCGGCCUCCGACGCGUUGUCCUCUGCGGGGGCGUCGUCGUCGCCGGGGAGCACGGCGGCGAGCGCCCCGAGCGCCAGCGCGUCCUGGUCGGCUGGGAUAUGCAGCGCCUCCGCGAACAUGGCGGUGGGAGAGGAAGGGGAGGAUAUGUGGGAGCGCCGCGGCGGCUGCACGAGAGCGAGGGAAGGGGAGGCGGCGGCGACGCGUGCGGGGAAGAUGGGUUGGCGAAUGGGAGGACGAAGAGGUGAGGCAGACGCCCUCCCUCGUCUAAUCCAACCAGGGACC